AAUGGAAUGAAUGUUUCGCAGUUUUUCAGUGGGUGAAAUGGUGAAUGGUGGUGGUGUGAGAGAAUUUUCAUUUCGUAUAACCGUUGGCAACGACUCGGCUGAAACCAAAACACUACGGUAUCCAUGCCCGUGUUAUCGUUUCCAGCUUGCAGCGGAGAAUUUUCUACGCGCCGUUAGGACGCAUCGUGGACGCAGUGAACACUACACAUUGUGACCGGCACCGGCUCACAUUGGCGACGAUUACAUCGCCAGCAUUCAGACGGAUGGAAGGACUUCACUUCAUUCAUCAGAAUGGCAGAAACUGUUAAAAUUGUGAAUGGUGGCACCCCGAAGGAGACCAUUGUGAACGGAUCGGCAGCGAAUGGUCAGACGGUGAGAGGAAAAAUCGUCUCCACGGAAACAGAUCAUCAUGAUCCACCCGAUGGGGGUGCUCGAGCAUGGUUGGUGAUGGCCGGAGCGUUUUUGUGCAACGGAGUGUUGUUUGGUGUGAUUAACACCUACAGUGUUGUUUAUUUGAACUUGCAAAAACAACUGCAGGAGCUUGGCGACUCGGAGGCUUCAAGCAAAGCAGCCCUCGUGGGAUCACUCACAAUCGGAACCACGUUCCUGCUUUCGCCAGUGUCCGGGAUUCUCACCGACAAGAUAGGACUCCGACGAACCACACUUUGCGGAGGUGUCCUCAUAUGUAGCGGCAUGUUCCUGUCUUCCUUCUUCACGACCAACGUUACCGCACUGUACUUCACCUAUGGAAUCAUGUACGGACUGGGUGCUGCGCUGGCGUAUACACCCUCACUGGCAAUACUGGGACAUUACUUCAAGCGAUACCUGGGCAUGGUGAACGGGGUGGUGACGGCAGGAUCGAGUGUUUUUACCGCGAUAAUGCCAAUGCUGCUGGACAACCUCGUGCAGCAAACUGGAUUGGCUUACUCAUUCCGUGUUUUAUCUGUGAUAUGUAGUUUUGUGAUAUUUUGUGCGCUACUGUACAAACCGCUUCAUCCGCCACCACCCCCACCUAAAAUUAAACCCGGUCGGUCACAGUUCAACACGAUGAUGCGAUCGUUCAUCAAUUUUGACAAUUGGAAAAGCAAAAGGUACAUCAUCUGGGCUCUAUCCAUUCCGAUUGCGUUAUUCGGAUACUUCGUUCCGUACGUCCAUAUGGGGAAAUUUGUGAAGGAUUCCUUCCCAGGGGACGAAGAGAAUCUACCGGUGAUGUGUAUUGGAAUUGCUUCCGGAUUGGGGCGGCUUAUUUUCGGCUUCAUAGCGGAUUUCCCCGGAAUAAACAGAGUACUACUCCAACAGAUGGCAUUCGUACUGAUCGGAACUAUGACAAUGUGCCUUCCUGCCACUGGAUCAUUCCCACUGUUGUUGGUUAUCUCGUUAGCGAUGGGUCUAUUUGACGGAUGUUUCAUUUCAUUGCUUGGGCCAAUUGCGUACGACAUAUGUGGUCCACGAGGAGCUACACAAGCUAUUGGAUUUUUGUUGGGCUUAUGUUCGAUUCCGUUGACUGUAGGGCCACCAAUCGCAGGAAUGCUCUACGAUCAUACGGGAUCAUACAAACUGCCAUUCGUACUUGCCGGUAUUCCCCCGCUCUUCGGCGCAACUACGAUGUUUCUCAUGAGAUGUGUCAAGGAUGCGCCGGAUACUACAAAAUCAGUAUUGAAAGAUCCUUCGCAUCAACCGCUAGCACAGCCUGCGUGGGACUGUGAAAACCAAGCGGAUGAAAAGAAUGGAAAACUCAAUCACCACAUUCGAGAGGAUCGUCGAGCCACACUGGCUAGUUCAGAAUCACUUAACGAGGGAAACAGUUUUAUGUGAGUUGACUAUUUCAAUGCACUAUUGGAGAAGCGCGUGAGUUAGGGCAUCCAAACAAGACCAAGAGCUUAACAGAUGUAAUAGAAGAGAUAUUUAUAUUGUAAUUACCGUUAUUAGAACUAUACUACAAUUUUUGUAAUUAGUGGUCGAUAAUUUUAAAUGUUUUUAACAAACUAGACAUAAUUUGAAAUAGCAUUUUGAUUCACAAGGUGGCUUGGCCUCCUUGAAGUUUUAUACGAUAUUUAUGUUAUAGUAGAUAGAAAAUAUAACAAGCGAAUCUUUUUGAAUCGAAUUUUCUAAAACGCCAUUGUUAACAAUAAAUUUAAUUUAAUGUGAAAACUGUAUAAAAAUGUGAACUAAAAAAACAAUAUUAUUAGUAUAGCGAAAUACUUUUACUAAUCACUGUUAAUGAAAUAAAUGCCGUUGAAUGGAAGAAGAGAAA